AGGAGGGCACGGGGGUGGUGGAGAACGGAGUCGAGGUUGGAGGAAGGAAAGAAAGAAAGAAAGAAAGAAAGAAAGAAAGAAAGAAAGAAAGAAAGAAAGAAAGAAGGAGACUGAAACCUGAACGGCAAACAGUAAUUUUCUCCUGUGAAGGCUGGGGACCACAGGAACAACAGCUCAGGGAGAAUUUUCCAUUUCUAUUGUCUUGUUCUCUCCAAGUGGUUUGAAAGCUUCGGGGAUUGUCUGGUGGUGAAGGCCAUCUGGCUCGCUGCUUUAUCUGGAUUUUAUGCUGUGAGCCUUUGGCCGACCGUGGCCACCUGCACGGGUCUCAAACCUGAGUUAUUUUUGUGAGACAUGAGGCUGUGCAUCCCGAGUUUGUCCCGUCAGAGCAACGCAACAUGAGCGAAGGAGAAAACCAUUACACAUCCGCCCAUCAUCUGUCCGGGAAGUAGGGGUGGGCCCGCUCCCUCUCGCCCCGAGAGCUGCUGUUCGUCAUGGAGUCUGUGGUGAGAGUGAAAAAGUCCCUGAGGACGCCCAUCAGGAAGCUGACCGGCUGCGUGUCGGGGGUGAAGGAGAGGAAGCUGUGUGCCAAACGCAGGAACAAGAGGGGCAGAGGUGGGGGAGGCAGAAGAGGGUGCAGCGCGGCUGGGAAGACACCCUCCGUCCGGGCCGCACACCCCAGAGACCCGUCAAUUAUUCGCUCGUACCAGGCAGACCUGGAGAAGGAGAGGAAGCUGCGGGAAGCAAUGAAUGCUCAGAAGAACGCGGAGAGAGCGACUAUGAGGGCUCACUUCAGGAGAAAAUACAAGCUGUCUGAGAACUCCAAAGACACGGACCGCCUGAAGUCUGCUGGAGGCAAAGUGUCGCUCCCCCGCGAGCUUUCCAAAAUGAUUCAUCCCAAAACCAACUCCAAGGGCGACGGCUUCAACUUGCUGAGCGCCUUCCAAGGCCUCAGCUUCGACACGACGCUGCUCACAGGGACGAAACGCAGCGCGACGCCCACACCUACGCCAAGACAGGGGAACCCUUGUAAAAUCAUGUGAUUGAUGCGUAAUCGCACAGGUUUACACUGUUUUACACUGUUUUAAAUGAACACACAGGUACGCUGACAUUAGUGGGUCAGUAAAUACUGUGAGACAAGUUCGCAUGAUCUAGUCAUUUCAUUAUGUUUUAAUAUGUUGCUCUUAUAUUCUAAUAUAAUGUAUUAUAGAACCAGUUAAAAAGGGAAGAUCUUAUACCUAAGACACUUCAUUUAUAUACAUAUAGAGGUUAUUGUAGCAUGUUUACGGGGCUGAUGCAGCUUUAUAAAACUAUAUAGAUCCAACUGUGGAUCUAUACACAAGGAAGGAAUCUCAGGGUCACACGUUCACACUUCAACACACAUUCACACAAGUCAUGGAAGAACAUAAAAUGUGCUUAUUUGUGAUUUGUUGUUUGAUAUUUUGAUUGAUGAUGAUGAUGAUGAGACAAAUGUCUCCUGUUGUUUCUAUUCACACAGUCAUUUGUGUUCUACAUCGACACUUCGUAUUUAAGCCAAAUGUACCGUGUGUGAGCCAAAUUUUAAGACUCUAGUUUUCCGUGAUGACACUUUCUUAGCGUUGGUUAGUGUGUAUAAAUAGUCUCAUGAUGCUGAGAAACAACAAGUAGAAAGACAUUUUUGUUCAAUGUUGAUUAGCAAAAAAAUGUUACUUUUAAUAAAGACUGUUUUGGGCAGCUGGACUCAC